AACAAAAGGAUGGCGGACGACUGGCUUGUUUAGUUUUUAAUUGUGUUACACAACAUUGUACUUGACACAAUGCGAGCUGCACGGAAAAUACGUAAACCAUGCAGAAUAUUAUUAAAGCCUGAAGUGAACGUCUUAACAAAAUAAGGCAAAAAAUUCCAAGCAAUUGAGGAUAUUGGCUGUCAGACUCGGAGAAUGCUACUGUAUGGGAGGCGACCAUGGCCACAGCAAGAUGUCCAUGCCGGACUGGCGGCAGUGGAAGACAGAGGGAACGCCACUGGAGUUUACGCAGCAGAGGUUGGCAGCCCGGGGCCUUAAGGACCCGUGGGCACGCAAUGAGGCAUGGAGGUACUCGGGGGGUUUUGCGCGUGCCGUGACUCUGUCGGACGUGCUGCUGAGAGGAUUCAAGUGGGGCUUUGCCGCCUUUACCGUUGCGCUGGCUGUGGAGUACGCCCUGUUCCCACCCAAGAAGGGCGGCCACCACUAAUGAACACCGUAACACUUCAUCCCUCCGUUCCUUCUACGCUGAUUCUGUAUGUCAUUAAAUCCUUUUGAUCACCA